GAGCUGUGUUUCUAAUUCUAUCAGCUUUACCUGGCAUUACUGCCAUCACACAUCAACAACGGAGUGUGAGAAAGUCUGCUAUGUUCUUAUUGGUGAAGAACUGUUUUGACUGUCAUCAAGGAUGUGAACACUGAGUGUUUCUGGCCCUUGACACUAUCCAAUACGUUAUAUGGUGUUUACAGGUGAAAUAAGAAUAAUGUUGCUGGCACUCUGUGAGCUCAGUGAUUCCUCAGAACUCUCAAGAAGUGAGCAAAUGAGAUAGAAACAUGGCACUACUGAUAGUACUGAUUACCUGUUUUGUGAUUAUUUUUGCUACUUCCCAGCCUUGCCAGACCCCUGGUGACUUUGUGGCUGCCACUUCUCCAGGGCACAUCAUGAUUGGAGGUUUGUUUGCCAUUCAUGAAAAAAUGCUGUCCUCAGAAGACUACCCCAGAUGGCCAGAAAUCCAGAAGUGUGUUGGCUUUGAAAUAUCAAAUUUUCUUCAAACUCUUGCCAUGAUACACAGCAUUGAGAUGAUCAAUAAUUCAACACUAUUUUCUAGAGUCAAACUAGGGUAUGAAAUCUAUGACACUUGCAUAGAUGUCACAGAGGAAAUGGCAGCUGCUCUGAGGUCUAAGUUCAACUGCUCCAGAGAAAUCGCGGAGUUUAAGUGUGACUAUUCCAGAUCCAUGCCAAGGGUUAAGGCUGUCAUAGGUGCUGGCUACACAGAAAUAACCUUGGCUGUCUUCCAGAUGUUGAAUUUACAGCUCAUGCCACAGGUGAGUUAUGAAUCAACUGCAGAAACCCUAAGUGACAAAAUUCACUUUCCUUCAUUUUUACGGACUGUGCCCAGUGACUUCUACUAGACUAAAGCAAUGGUCCACCUGAUUCAGAAAUGUGGAUGGAACUGGAUUGGCAUCCUAACCACAGAUGAUGACUAUGGACGACUGGCUCUCAACACUUCUGCAAUUCAGACCUCAACAAAUAAUGUGUGCAUAGCCUUCAGAGAAGUUCUCCCAGCCUUCCUCUCAGAUAAUACCAUUGAAGUCAGGAUCAGUCAGACACUUGAGAGAAUCAUAGCAGAAGCUAUGUUACUUGAUGUACUGAAAAAUGUGACGUUCACAGAUGGAGGGAGUUCAUUUCAUUUUGAUGCCCAUGGAGAUAUGAAUACUGGAUAUGAUGUUGUGCUCUGGAAGAUCAACAGCCACAUGACUAUUGCCAAGAUGGCACAAUACGACCUGAAGAAUGAUGUCUUCAUUGUCACAGACCAAGGAACAAAAAAUGAGUUCAGGAAUCUUAAGGUAAUUUUGCUGUUGGCUGCUUUGUAGCAUUCAAAUCAAUUGGUACUUCAACUGCAAAAGUC